ACGAAGGCCCUUGCCAGAGUCCUCUGGCAAAGAAAAAUCGAAGUCCAGAGGGUGAGUCUUUAAAUUUCAAAAGAGCCCCGUCACCUGAAGGUGAUAUCUCUGAUGUUCCAGAUGCUAAUUAUGAUGGAGAAUCACAAGAUUCUGCCAAUGAUAAUAACUCCCCAAUGCCUGAGGAGUUAAUCUCGAAUAUUAGCUUUCAAUCUUCGACGAUUGAUCCAUUGAAGAACUCGGAUUUUGAUACUGAUAAUACUAAUCGAAGCAAGUGGCAUAGAAAAUUGAUUGCAAACGUGACGGGCGUCUACUCUCAACCUCAACCCGAUAUAGGACGCCGCAAUAAUCUCGCUGGUCAUUCCCAUAAAUCCUGGCUGUUGCGUAAUGGCAAUUUUGUGAAAAAGCCUACUUUGAUUAACACGAAUCAUCAUUUCGCAAUCAACACUUGUGGUUUCGAUUCGAUUAUUCAAAUUUUAAGCACGGCAGCUAUGGACGACGAAAAUUACAAUCAGGAGAUGAUAAAUUCAGAGAAUCCAACCUUGAAGUUUGUUUCUGAUUUUGUAAAAAAUGGACCAUCUCAACGCAUAGAAAAUGACAGAGUGAAAUUACUAACAGAGUUAUUUCCAAGUAAAGAGUGUAUUGGCGUGAUCAAAGCACUGAAAUCUUAUAUCGUCGAUUUGAAAGAUUAUUUGUCGUCUAUUGUUAAAAAAUGUUUCCAAUCAAAACCUUCGGCAUUACGUCACUAUACGUGCCUCAAUUGUGGUGAAUACACAGUACCAGUACCACUUUUAUAUAUUAACCAUAAAAAUUUCAGGGAGCCGAAUGGAUUUGAAGCUCUUAAGGAUCUCCAGGCUUUUAACGAGCAUAAACGCUACUCUUGUAUUAAUUCAUCAUGUGAAAUGCAAUGCAGUGUUAACACUGUAUAUUCAAAUCAAGUGUUCGUGGAGUUGAACGUUCGUCCGGAUUUGAGCUACAAAUCUGGGAAACGUUGUCGACUGAAGGAGUUUCCCACGACAUUGGAGUUAAACGCCACAAUUUAUCGAUUGGCAGGUGUAAUUCACUACGAAUCCGAACAUUUUACUGCAUAUUGUUUCAGAGGAAUGGUUCGUUGGGAGCUACACGAUGAUCAACAAUCAAAAAUUAAAUUUUGUCAUUCUACCACACGAGUAACACCAGAAGCAGCAGUUUAUGUUCAGCUGAAUGAGGAAAACUAUAGUACAUUCACAGGACCCAUCAAAGCUGAUUCAUCACAGAAAGAAUUCCAUUAUGUUACCCCAGAUGAGGACCCUGACACAAAUUCUCGAGACAACUGGAGGAAUAAAGAAAAUUCUUCAUUGUAUUGUAUCGAUACUAAAAACUUUUAUACAGAUGUUUUUAAAGAAAAAAAAUGUGAUGAUCGUGAAGUAAAGCUACAUCAAAACGGUGAUUCUCAAAGUGCAAUUGCGAUUAAGGGGGAUGUGAUACAUGUCCGGAAAAAUUCUUGUCUUGAUUCGAUAAUACACGUACUAUGGUAUGCAACUGAAUGUAAUACCAAUUAUUUGACAUUAAUGAGAUAUGCCACCACCGAAAAUGACACAUUAAAAUUAAUUGCUCAGCUAGUGGAUAAUGAAAAUCUGCAAUCAACAAAUGAGCACCGAGUUCUUGUCUCACCUUCUUUCGUUGAGACACAAAUUUAUCAUAUCAGCCCCAGCAUCGAUUCAGAAAUAUCGACAAUUGAUUUAACUACUAGUGGGACAUCUGCUAAAGUUUGGAAAGCAUGUUUUGACAGUGUACCCAGUGAACAGAAGCUGUAUAACUGUAAUAUUUGCGGAGAAUACGUUGAAAAUAUCGCAGUACUGUGUCCUAAUUUCUUCAACCGUUCCCAAAAAUGCAUUGACUUGCAGAAAGCUCUACAUUUCUAUAAAUACUUGAAGAAAGUUCGAUGUAUAAAGGAAUCAUGUCCAGGAAAAUGUGUAGUGACCACUUCGUCGAAUUUUCAUCUCUUCAUUGACAUCUCUCAAUCUUCAAUGUGCCUGAUCGACGAAAUAUCUACAGUGAUAUGCCGAGAAUUCAAUUACAGAUUAGCUGGAAUAAUUAGUCGUCUCGGAGAUCGAUAUGUUGCCUACUGUUCAGCGCUACAAAAUUGGUUAUUGUACGAUGGUUAUCACAAAGUAAAUAAAACAAUAGUUGGCUGUGAACAAAUUCGUCCUUCCGGACUUAUUUACGUACUGCAAGAUUAACCCAAAUAUAUAUUAGUUUAAUAAUCUUAGUUGAAGACGGUUAAUUGAUGUUAACUCUUAUUACGAUGUGAGAUGGUUUAACUCCUGUUAACCAUUAUUAGAGUCAGACAGGACGUAUUCAAAAUUAUCAAAGGAAAAUGUAAAAAAAUAACAAUUACUUUAAAAUGCAUCUUCUAUAUGAAUAGUUUUUAAAACAACCAAGUUGAAAUUAUCGAAAAAU